UCUGCCGAAUUCAUCAACAUCAAACUCAUACAGCGUCCUAACGAAAACAGUUCCCGCGUCUUAAACAGUUUAGGUAUACAUCCUUUUGUAAGAAAAUAUCUGUCAAAAUGAAUUUCAACAAAGUCUUCAUCCUCGUUGCCAUCGUCAUCGCAAUUUUCGCAGGACAAACUGAAGCGGGUUGGCUGAAGAAGAUCGGCAAGAAAAUCGAACGCGUUGGUCAGCAUACAAGAGAUGCGACGAUCCAAACCAUCGCUGUGGCCCAACAAGCUGCUAAUGUCGCAGCCACCGCCCGGGGUUAAAAACUGAAAUUUGCUAGUGAGCUUCAUAUCCAACAUCCGAGCAUUUCACACAAUAUUUACUGCCUAAUUUAUUUAAUUUAUCAGUAUGCGCUUAUAUUAUGUUAAGAAAAAUUUUAAAAUAAAUUCACAUUCAAAAUUACCUUUGCCGUUUUUCGCUUGCUUCACAAAACAGUUUAGAAACAGUUAAGAUAACAAAAAUAAUUAGAAAAUCUAUUCUUACAAU